UUUUUUUUUUUUGGAGACACCGUACCUGCCAACUAUAUAUAUAUAUACCGUAUGCUGUGCGUCUCAGCUUUAGCAAAUUAACGUUGUUGUUAUUAGUUUAUUACAAUAAUUUUGCUUUACAUUCACGAUGCAGUCCACUGCGGUAAUUUUCUUCAUGGUAGUGGCAGUACUGCUAGCUAUAUUAGCACAGUUGGAGCUUGUUUCAGAACCACUUAUUGCUCAAAGAUCUGCAACUAUCUCAUCGGAUAAAUACGAAACUUUUCGGAUGGUGACUGAUCUCCACAGGUAUCACAAGUGGAUGUCAUUUAUUGUAUACGUUGCUGAAGACUUGGACACUUCCCCUCAGAUGAAGAUAGGCAAACCCUUCCGAUUGUAUGCAAGCUCUCCAGUCGGAAAGAUUGAGCUGUCAGCAAUGAUCUCAAAGCAUCAUUCUCCUUCACAGUAUGAGUUUGAGACAAAGGGCGCCCUCUUUGGUGUGCGAUCCAACAUGGAGAUUGUUGAUGGCAAGAUGGCAGGUUUCUCUAAACUAACUUGGAAGAUCCAUGCUAAGAGGAAAAGUUAUCUAUACUGGAUUACUGUUGUUCAGCCUCUGAAGUUCAUCCUUUCACAACAAGUAACUGCAUCUCUCUUCAAUCUUAAGGUUCUCAUGCAAUAACCCGUCACCAAACAUUCUCCUUUGCCUCGUUGCGUAAAACAAUCAUUGUAACUUUUCAAUGGAUCUUGGUUUUGAUUGGCUUUUGAGCAAUAUCACCAUGGUAGUUGCCAUCAAUGACAAGUAAGGAUGAUUGUAGAUUUAUGAAAUGGGGCUUUGUUCAUAUGGCUGCUUUAUGGCAAUAAUAAGGUAAAGUACAAGAUAUAUUUUGUAUUGUGUUGUAUUAACUCUUAUUUAAGAGGCCCCAGAUAAACAGAUCACACUGUUACACCCCAUUCUUCAUCUACUUUCUUGAACUGGUUCCCCUUAAAUCAGUUUUGGAAACCAGUCUAGGAGACCGGUUUUCAGAACCACUUUGCUUAAAGUGGUCUUGUUACCAUUAGAACGCUCUCAGUUCGAAAAAUUGAAGAGGCUGAACAUUAUGAAAAUAAUGUUUUUUAAAGGAAUUAGAUAUAUGUCAUGAAUGCUUAUAAAUGUCAGUGAAUCUUAAAACUUCCUUGAUGGUUAAUGACAAAUUACCUUUAUAUCUUGUGCGCAGGUCACAAUUGUCAAACGGUAUAUAGAGCUUAUUGAAAGUAACAGAAGUUUAGUUCCCCCUAGCUGCAUCUGUAUCCUUGAUAAAGUAAAUACAAUUAUAAAAUGGAAAAAGGUAUUGGAUCCUAAUAAAUUUUAAUGAUCUACAUGUAUUCGUACCUUUCUUGUGCCUUGAUAUACAGGCAAUAUCCCAUCGACUUUUGUUUUGUGAAUAUCCUACAUGAUCUUUCAAAUAUUAGCGAUUGUCAGUGUGUAUUUAUUCAUAUAGUUUACAUUCAUUGUUCAUUUAAUUUGGCUAAAGCUCGGUAGGAGGUGGGAAAACUCAGUCGGUAGAGUGGGGGUAUUGGAUUCAGGUGACCCGGGUUCGAUUCCCACUUGGUGCGCUAAUGCCCUUUGGUAACCCAUUCAUCCUCAUUACCAGGUCUCUCAGAGAGGACCUUAAGCCGUCGGUCCUCUGGUUGCAUGCUUACAAGCAUUCAUGCUUUCUUAGCAAUCAGGUAAAAAAUCACCACCAUUUAUAACUUCACUCAGUACCAUUCAGUUAUGAUUUACAAUGAAAUUUUGCUACCAGCACAUUCCAUGCAUCCAGUGUUGGAGCAUGUUGAAUCUCUCAUCUUUAUACAAAUCACACAAUUAACCUCUUUAAAAGAAAAGAAAAUACCAGUAUUUUCUAAUAGAUCAACAUUGUUAUCAUGGUUUGCAAUAUUUUUUUUAAGAUUUAAACUUCUGAAAGUUCAUGUUUUAGAAAACUGUAUUUCAACAAUGACCUGAUAAAUUCAAGUGAUAAAAAAGGAGGAAGGGGUGUAAAGAUUUUUCAAGAUUUGUUUAUUCUGAAGUUGUGUGUAUAAUCUGUAUGACAGUACUGAAUCAGCUGAAAUGAACCCUGUUGAUAUUGCCAAUUUGACCAACUAUAAUUUCUCUCCAAAAAGGAAAAAAAAACUAGUUUACUGGAACUGUUAGAUUGUCUGAUAUUAUUUUAUUGUAAUGGGUUAUAUUGCAAAGCUGGACAUCCUUAAUAUGUGAUUUUUUAGAUUAAAAAAAAAAUCUUAUGACAUGGACCAUUUGGUGAGUCUGAGAAAUACUUAAUAUUUGAUAAAUGUGAAUAUGUGAUCAUGUUUUUUUUUAUUAUCAAUCCCCCCAAAAUCAAACCACAACAAAACAUAGAUUGUUUUGAGAUAAAUUGGAGAUAAUUGGCUUUCACAUUGAAUUUACUUUCAUUUCUAAAAAAAAAAAAAACAUUUGAUAAUACUUCUCUCAUAGCUCAAAAUUUUUGACCAGCCAAAUUCACAAAAAUCUACCUGAAUCGAAUCUUUCAUAUCACCAUGAUGUGGAUUAAAAAGGGUUCUCACUUCUCAUGAUCCUAAAAGUCACAAAACUUGAUCUAGCAAAAACAACUGUAGCAAGUACUCACUACCGGAUUUUAUCCUUUCUAUCCGAGUAUAAAGGUCAUCCCUGUUACUCAGCAAAAUUUAUUCACAUUUAAAUUUUGGUGAGAGAAAAUAUUGUAUUGCUUUGUCUAGCCAAAAGGCUCUAGAAUAUUGCAUCUUUGCAUUUUGAUUUGGUAUAUAUAUUGUCAACAGGUAUAUGUUUUUUAAAUCUUUCAGUGUUUAUUUUAAUACUGCAUAUAUUCAGAGCUUUCAACAAGAUCAACUACUUUCUUUCAAUGAAAUACAUUUUAUUCUAGACGUAUGAUUUGUCAGUAGCCUAGUAAUAAAAAUAUUGAAAUUCGAUAAAAGUUAAUACUUUUAUUUCUCUUAAUGCUUAAAGUGCAGUAGUUAUGUAUUCAGUGAAUGUGUUAAAUUCUUGUUGAUCUUUGACAUGGAAUUUAUGUAGCAAUUAUAGUGGAUUUGACUUUGUUUUGCAGUGUGUGUGUGCCCUAGUAAACUAUUGAAAUAGAAUAUGUAUACAUUCUUUACAUUUCUGUAGUAAUACCCUCUGUUUUAAUUUGUUACAUUCUAGGCUGCACAGGUAUUUUCACUUUCUGUGAAAAACAAAGUGAUAUGUUUAUUUUAGAGUGUAUUUUCAUGGCUUUAUUUCUACAACAUAGCAUUUAUUGACAUAAAGACCUCAGACUUAGGAUUAAAAAAAAAAAGCUUCACCAACAUUAAAGGUGAAAAUGAGGUAAUAUUGUAUUGUUAACCUAAGGCAGAUGCUUUAUUUUCUGCAACAUAAAAUGCCCUUCUUUGACAAAAUUAAGGAAGCAAGUGAUGUAUUAACCCAAAUUGAUUUUUUUUCCUGGACACAGUACCAAGGUGGAUUGAGACUGAUUUUAGAUAGCAAUCAGUAUGUAAGCGUGUGACAUCAGUCACUAUAUCAUUGCAUGUCUAAAAGUUAUAUACAGGAGUUAGUGGCACUCUAGGGAGGGACAGGGAAAUCUGCCUUUUGAUAUUUCAAAUGAGGAACAAAAGGAAAGGAAACUAUUUUAAAAAAAAAGAGAUGACUUUUGUUACCCCCAUCAAACUAAAAAUACAUUGUUGUUAUCACUGCAUGUGUAAGUGCUGUGAAUCUAGAGGUUUGUGACUUUACAAAAAAAACUUUCUAUGUCAUGAUAAUGACAUUAUUUGGGGCUAACCUCGAUUAACAUCCUGCUAUAAUGUUAGCUCCAAUUACCAAAUGUUUUUGUUCAUAUGUGAUGUACUAUUUCUGACAGUGAGAUUUGGUAAUAACUUCAAUUCAAUUUAAUUCUGUGCAAUUGCCCUGAAAGUAUCCAAUGUCAUGAAGAGUAUUGAUAUUCAUUUAUGUUUCGAGAAAAUAUUCUAUCCAUUUGAAUAAAAAAGAGAUGUGUGCACUAAUAUUUUUCAUUUACUGAUUAUUAUUUUUUAUUUAUAUCCACUCAUGGGUGGAACACCCUUUUCAGCUUACAGCUGUUCUUCUGGUCCACAAGCUGGUCCACAAUACAAGUAAAUAUUACAAACAACAAUUAAAGUACAUAUGAAUAUCAUAAACAAAGUUGCAUUUAAACAUAAAGCAGUGUGGGAUGGGGUAGGGGGAGGGGGGUAUAUAUUCAAUUAUAAUGAUUAAACUGAUCCAAAACCAAAAUUAACCAAAAGGUAGAGACUGGGGAUAUUCCUGAGUAAGCGUUUAUACUCUUUGCAGACUCAAGUGAGUUCCAUAGUUUUGAACCACGAUAAACUAAGUGAUUGUUUACUGUAAUUUGUGUUGGGUUCAUAUUAUGUUUAAAGAUAUCACUAUUUUUAGUGCAUUUAUUACCAUGUUUUUGAAAUUGGACAAUUUUUUUCUUCAUACAAUUAUAGUUUCAUGUAGCUUAUUACAUGUACUUUUGUUUAUAGUAAUAAUAGCUUCUUUGAUGUACAUAGUUGAAGGGGAAAAUAUGAGAUUAUACUUCAAAAGGGUGAGAUUUUUAUAUUUAUUCCAUCUUUGCAAUUGUAUAAAAACAGAAUGCUGCGAUUACAAUGGUUCUUAAUGUUGUUGAAGUACUUAUUACCUUUACCUCAUUAUUCAUUUUGCUUAAUAUUCAAAGUUAAAAUCUUAUUUGUGUGCUAUGUCUAUUUGUGUAAUAUUUUGUAAACAGUGCAAUGUAUUCAAGUUUUAUACAGUUCUUAUCUAUUUCUUUGUAUCAGCGAUUCAGUAUACCCAAACAUUUUUUUUUAAUGGGAACUGAAAAUUGUUUCGUAAAUGUUUGUACAAUGUACUAGACCUCUUUUACUGUUGUGAAAUAUCUGUUCACCCAUUGCGUACUGAAAUGAGGCGUUUCCUGUACAAAGCCUAUAGAUGUGAAUUCGAAAUCUCUGAGUUCAACGUGUUGUUAUAUUAUACUGCCCUCUUCGGUUUAUUGUGUAAAUUUUUGAUCCUCGAUUUGAAUAUAAUAGAACAAAUAUCAAA